AUGGCGAAAGUUGCCCGAGAUGGAUUGGCUUGGGACGAUAAAGGAAUUGAUCUCAAGCCAGUAUGGACUCGAGAGCCGUCAUUGGACGCCAUCACAAACGUAUGCCGUGAGAAGCUGCGAGUCGAGGAGGCGGGGACAUGCCAAGUAUCCUUUCAUGCUAAGGGUGGCUUCAAUAAGAUCUAUCUGGUUCGUACGAGUCAGCAACAGUUCAUCAUGAGGGUGUCGCUGCCUGUUUGCCCGCGAACCAAGACACGAGGCGAAAUCACAACUCUCCGAUUCCUUCGGCGCGCGACAACUGUUCCUGUGCCGGAAGUGGUUGCAUUUGACGAUUCUGCCGAGAAUGAGAUUGGAUUUGAAUGGAUCCUGAUGGAACAUAUGCCUGGUAGCCCAGCGUACAAUCAAUGGCAGACCUUGACCACGUCCCAGAAAAUAGCCCUCGUUCGACAAGUGGCCGAGUUUCAGGCCCAAAUCUUUUGCCAUGAAUUCUCCGAGAUUGGGACUUUGACAGUCGGCAGAGGUGAAAGCAGCCAAGAGGCACGCCCUGGCGAGGUGAUUUCGAACAUGUUCUUCUGGGGUAGCCACUUUGAUUAUGACAUUACUCGAGGCCCGUUUCGCUCAAGCCAUGACUGGCUGACUGCAUACCUUGAAUUUAUUGUCCAAGAUCAACUAGAAGCUCUAGGAGAAGUGGAAGACGAAGAAGAUGAAGAAGAGAUCAACUUUGCAUUGGCACUCGCUCAUAGACUGAUCAAGCCAACAGUUAUCUGGCAUGAAGAUCUCUCUUUGAGCAACAUACUGGUGGAUGACGAAGGGAAAAUUGGGGCCAUAAUCGACUGGGAAUGCGUCUCUGCCAUGCCGCAGUGGUUGGCCACUCAGAUGCCAAGAUUUCUCGAGGGUCCAACCAGGGCGAAUGAACCCAAACGCCAAAAUUAUGCUGAUGAAGCGCUCCAGGACAAUGAGGAUACUAUUUUGGAUAACGAAGGAAAGAAUCAACUGUAUUGGAUACAUCUUAUGGAAUAUGAGCAAACGCAGUUGAGGAAAGUCUAUCAUGAGCGGAUGUGCCAGUUGCAGCCAGGUUGGGAUGCUACAGCUAAAGAGAGUAUAUUGAAAGAAGACUUCUUCAAUGCUAUGAAUGUGAUUAGAGACGGGUUUUUCUUGAAGAGAACUGCUCAAUGGAUAGAUGCAGUCGAGCGAAGCGAAUUUCCCAGGUUAAUGGAUAUUUUUGAGGAAGGGUCAAGACUACAAUAA